AGCCCAUGUUAAGAAGCCUAGCUGAAGACAGAACAAAUCCACUUCAGCUUCACUCCCCUCGAGGAUUGCAACCACAGCAGCCAGAGAAUGCUCUUCCGAGGAGCUUGCCUUCUCUUGUGCCUUUUUUGCAUGGCACAGAUGACAACUCAGCAAAACAUCAAACUCAAGAAAAAGGCAGAUCCCAGGAAAGAUGUUGUAAGCCUCAAAAUGGUUGAAGAACUCAAGGAGCAGUUAGAAAAUAUUUCCCAGGAGGUGGCUCUGCUAAAGGAAAAGCAAGCACUUCAAACAGUUUGUCUGAAAGGCACCAAGUUCAAUCUGAAAUGUUUCCUGGCUUUUCCGGAUGCCAAGACUUAUCACGCAGCCAGUGAAGACUGCAUCUCACAAGGUGGCACCCUUAGUACUCCCCACGCAGGAGAUGAAAAUGAUGCUCUCUAUGACUACGUGAGGAAAAGCCUGGGGCAAGAAACAGAGAUUUGGCUUGGCAUCAAUGACCUGGCAGCUGAAGGGAAAUGGGUGGACAUGACAAGCAGCCCCAUUCGUUAUAAGAACUGGGAAACAGAGAUCACAACCCAGCCGGAUGGUGGGAAGCUAGAAAACUGUGUAGCAUUGUCAGGGGUUGCUGUUGGCAAGUGGUUUGACAAGAGGUGCAGAGACCAGUUGCCUUAUGUCUGCCAGUUCAUGAUUGUUUAAUAAUAGAGCUCCUAAUAUGGAAGUAUAGGCCAAGGCAUUCUGUUUGACACUCAGGCUAGACCUGUGUGUGUAUAUAUGUAUGUGCACAAAUAGACACACAUAUCUGCAGCAAAUACACAUGCACACAUGCACACAUAUACACAGACACAUACUCUUGGCUUAAUAAUGGAUUAGAAUGAAUUAUAUCUACGCUGUAAAUCCAAUUGGCUGAAUACAUCAAAACUGUAGGCCACUACAUUUCUCUUACCAAGGCUUAAGUUAUAGACAGAGAUAUAUUUUUACUCUCAAAACGCACUAGAAUGGCUUCAGCAUCUGAACACCAUUUGAAUGUUGGGAAAAAAAAUCCAAACAAACAUUCAUUCAUGCAACAUUUCCGCAUUCCUCUUUUUUUUUUCCUGCUGAUUGCACCAAAGUGAAACAUCUUUUGUUGAAUUGCCUUUAUUCUCAUUUCUUGGACUAAAAAGCUGAAAGCACAUGAUCCCUGUCUGUGGAUAUUGUUCAAUGUUUUGCCUUCCUAAUGGCUAAAUUGCCAACCCACAUUAGUCCGCUGAAAUGAGACAUUUAAGAAGUUGCCUCUGUCUAAGCAACAAUGUUGUAGAAUGCCAAUUUAAAGAACAGGAGAGAAAGAAGAAUUAGCCAAACCUUUCACAACAAACAGCAGAGAGAGAGAGAGAGACAAAGAGACACACAAUUAGAGACAGACAUUUUUCGAUGGAAGGUUCUAAAUUACACUAAUUCCUACUGGGCAUUUCAGGGUAAAAAUACAAUCAGAAUUUUCAGAAGAGAUAAGAAGAUGAUUGGUGUAUGGAUAGGACUAACCAAAAGGGAGGGAAAUAGCAUUGUCAUGUAGGAGUAAAUGGAGGAUACUAGAAGGUUCUAGAUAGCCCCCAGUAAUUCUUCCUGCACAGCUGCACUUGAAAGGAGAGGAAGUCAGUAUAUGUGGUGGUAGUGAUGGUGGUGGUGAUAGUAAUUUCAGUCCCUCUGCAAUGAUAAAAUGACACUGUUCAUGAAGUGCUUCUUGCCACAACAAGAAGAGUGGAUCAGACAGCUUAAUUCUACAUUUGGCUCUUCGUAACAGGACUUGUUUAUUUGCACACCUGCAUCACUUCCAUUUGCAAAGUCCUCGUUCACUUAAAAUGAUGUGAUAAGUCUCCUCCAUUUUAAACGAGUAGAGAAGAUAAUGUGCAUUGAAAUCCCACUCUUUGGAACAGAUUGUUGAAGUGUGGCAGAUCCUAUGCUAAAAUCCACUAAUGAGAUGCUUCAGUUGGCUACUUCGAGAGAAAACAUACAGUAUACAAGUGACGUAAGGUAGAAGAAUCUAGAAGUGCUUACAUUUGUGAUUAUCACUGUCACUUUAUGUUGAGAUAACUUUAGAAUAAAUUUUGAAAAAGACUUGUUACAA